UUCAGGGACUUACCGGAAACCAAACUUUUUCUUCAAAACUUGUUUCGUAGCUGAGUCGAACGCGUCGAAAGAGGAAAGAAAGAGACAAGAACGUUCCGCGUCCAAACUUUUACAGUUCCUUAUUUUCUUCCUCAUAUUCGCGUCAUGUUGGAUAAUAGUUGGUUGCUGUCUAAAAGAAGUGAAAUACUGACUUUUUGUCAAGGAUAACGGCCGCCUUCGAGUGUUAUUCCUCCACACAUAGUAUAACGGAUAUUCGUUUUUAUCAUGGAAGACGAAGUGAAAGAGGACCCCACCAGGCCCAACGAGGACCCAACCAGGUCCAAAGAGACCAUGUCCACAUGGAAGGCCGGUUGGGUGAAAAAGGCCUCAGGCAGGUUCCUGGCCAGCUAUAAGGACCGCUACAUCCAGGUGCAGAGGACAGAGCUUGUGGUGUACGAGAAUGAGGACCUUGCGACCUACUUGGAGAAAGUGGACCUGGAAAACUACGAUAAGUGCCACGAGUUGAGGAGCGCCUUCACGAAGAAGAAUAGACUGGUGUUGAUACGAGCGGCCAAAUCAGGGAAUAAGGUCCAUGAUGUCAAGUUCCAGGCUCAGAACCUGGAGGAGAAGGAGGCUUGGAUUAAGGCCUUUAGUGACGGCAUCAACAGAGCAAAGAAUAAGAUAUUUGACGAGGUGAAGGUAGAUGAGACCAGUCAGCUGGAGCAUGCGACACGCACAAGGGCGAAAGGAAACCGUAACAGAAGACCACCGACCAGGAUACACAUGAAAGAGGUUGCCAACGUCUCAUCAGACGGCAUUCUCCGGCAUGACCUGGACGCGGUGGAUGCCAGCAUCCCCAACGGGACACACCACAUCACCACAGACACCACUGAGACUCCCAAAAAGGCUGUGAAGCCCCCCAUGCCCCCCACGUCCAAACCCAGCGAGGCCCCAGAGGAGUGUCAGACCACCCAGAGCCCUGACGAAGGUCUGCCGUCUGAAACGGAGCCCAGUCCCCAGAAGGUCCUGGAGCCCCCCAUGCCGCCCUCCAAAGAGGUCGAGACGGCUGCUGCUUCUGCAGGGGACCAACUCUCUGAUGAGACUAGCACUGACAGAAGCCCAGAGAAAAAGGUCCUGAAGCCUCCUAUGCCGCCCUCCAAAGAGGCCAAGCCCACAGUGUCUGCCGAGGACCAACCACCUGAGGAGACCGCCCCUGAGAAAAAGGUCCUGAAGCCUCCCAUGCCGCCCUCCAAAGACACCAAGCCCGCUGCUCCAGCCGGAGACCAGCCCCCCAGGAACACCAGCCCCGAGGGCAGCCCAGAGCAGUGCUUCGAGUCUGGGGUCGAGUCAGCACCACCACCCACCCCUCCCGGCAAACCCAUCGGCGGCUCCACAGACAACCUGGCCGAGGCCUCCCAAUCCAGCCAGGAACACAGGUCGCCCACCCCACCAUCCAAAGACAAGAAGCCCACUCAGACAGCCGUGCAGGAGGGUACAGAGGAGGCUAGUGGGAGGAGGAAGAAAAGUAAAGAGGAUGAGGCAGAGGAGAAGGAGGAAGAGGGUUCUGAAACGAUUGCAUCUGACGUUCAACAAAGCAGUAUCCCUGAGGGGGCUGAGGAUGAGGAGGAGUCUCCUUCCUCUCAGCUUACAACACCCAUGACCCCCCUAGAGGUCAAAGUUGAACCCUCUGUGACUGACCACCCAGAGGUCACCACCACCACCAUAGAAGAAGAGACGCAGAAAGUUGCAGAGCCCAUGGCUCAAGAACAAAAGUCUGCCCCUAGUGGUGGAGUGGAUAUAUCACCCAAUGAAGAACCUCAGACAAUGAAGUCUUCCCAACUCACAGUAACGCCGUCAGUUCAGACACCGGAGCCAAUCAAAAAGAGCCCUGGCCCUCCCGGACCUCCCAUAAAGAAGAAGCCCGUCGUCCUCCCUCCUCCCAAAGCAGUGGUGGUGGCUCAAGACGUCCACCUAAGCGAGCCUAAGAACCAAGCGACAGACAAAACCAAGAACAACAUCAUCACCACCACACCAGGAGAGAAACUCAACUCUAUCACUUCACCAACACCAGCCGUGGUGACCACAACCAGCCCGACUGAAGAAACAGAGGACCUGAAAGUUCCUGUGGUCGUUGCGACUAAGUCUGAGUUCCCAGUCGUAGUUCUCUCUCUGAGUGACCCUGAGCCAGACAGCUCCUGCUCCAGCCCCGUGUCCUGCCACCUCUCCCCGGAAAAGAAGAGUGAGCGUGAGGAGGAAAAGUCAGUCGACAGCGGCCAACACUCGGACAUCGAUGUCGACGAAGAAUGGUCAGAGAGCAGGGACACUUUGGCGGCCUCCACCGCUGCCCUAAUGGGCAGCCAAGCUGGCCUGGACGCGCUGAUGGAUGAGAGUCAAGACGGAGACACGGAGACCCCCAACAGCUUGGGACUCAGCACUGUGGAGGACUGCCCUUCUACGACCCAGACCCCCCAGGACAAUCCCUCUGGCCUACACCCCACCUUCCUCCAGGUGAGGGUCAGUCAGGCCUCCCAUUGUCCCCCCAUCCCCUUCAAACCCUUAGCCAAACUCAUGUCCACCUCUUUGGGGGAUCUCCUCUCUGAGGCCUCAUUGGGUGAAAACGUGAAACAGCCAAUCACAGACGUGGCCGUGACAAAGGCCACCGUGGGUCCUCAAGACUUGACAGAUCUUGAAAAUGAAGUGGCCCUGGAGCUGGAAAAUACAGGGGAGCUCCUGGGGAGCUUCGUCCCCAAAGGGAGCACCGAGGUUGGGCAGAACUCGGCCCUAGCGGGGGGCGAUGGCCUAGAGGACAGGUCGCCGGAGGAGAUGCUAGCCAGAGCCAUGGAGAAGCUGAGGAAAGCAGACCAGUUCCUCAGGCAGGCCAAGCGUAUGAAAGACUCAAAACAUUCUGAGAAUACUGCCAAGAGAAACAGCUGGUGAUUGUUAAAUAUGAAGGAGAAGUAGGGAAAAUGUAUUGAUUGAUGGUGAUGGAAAGUAGUAGCUUGGAAGGACGACAGGUGUUUUCUUAUUCUGGCUGAUUAUGCAGCAUAUUUAUGCAAGUAUUCUGCUGAGAUUUAGCUAAGUGCAAUUUUUUCAACUUUCACUUUUCUCCUGCAAAUGCAGGUUGAUUGUACUUUUUGUACUUAAACAUUUUUUUGAACAUUCCACAUUAAUCAUCAUCACUUUCCCAAGGAUAUUUACUUGAAUACUUACAACCCCCGAUCAAACUUUUUAAUGAUACAUUUAAGGAUGUUACAAAAUGGCGUAAGUCUUAGGGGAUGUCGGAAGUGCCUGCAACUUUUUGUAAUCCACGUUUUGAAUGGAUAUAGAUUGGUUUCCUUUGUAGUCCUCCUUGCCAAUCAAACCAUGAUGACAUUUGAAGUAAUCAUGUAUAAGGUGGGUUGUGUUUAUGUAGUUCAUGAAAAUAUAAUUUAAGUUAUUUGUCUUGAAUAACUACUUCCAAGUGUUAAAAGAAUAUUCAGGUAUUUUAUAAAAUGUCUGAGACAAGCUCUGCCAGUCCAAAUCUCAAUGGCAGGUUGUACAUCAAAUUUGACACCACACCUAUUUUACAAGCCUCCCUUCUGACCGCUAAGGGCCCCAUUUAUUCAACAUUUGCACUUUGCAUCAGGUAUCAAGAUUGCGCAGUAAGUUUACCAUCAGGUAUCAAGAUUGCGCAGUAAGUUUACCAUCAGGUAUCAAGAUUGCGCAGUACGUUUACCAUCAGGUAUCAAGAUUGCGCAGUAAGUUUACCAUCAGGUAUCAAGAUUGCUCAGUAAGUUUACCAUCAGGUAUCAAGAUUGCGCAGUAAGUUUACCAUCAGGUAUCAAGAUUGCGCAGUACGUUUACCAUCAGGUAUCAAGAUUGCGCAGUACGUUUACCAUCAGGUAUCAAGAUUGCGCAGUAAGUUUACCAUCAGGUAUCAAGAUUGCUCAGUAAGUUUACCAUCAGGUAUCAAGAUUGCGCAGUAAGUUUACCAUCAGGUAUCAAGAUUGCGCAGUAAGUUUACCAUAGGGAAUUGGACAUAAAAGGUUCAAUGAAAAGGCAAGAAUAACGGUUCUGAAAGUGAAUCAUUUAUCAAGUAUGUUCUAGCUUUGGUGUCUCAUCCAAUAAAAACAGGUGGAAACUUUUCACCAGGUCCAAAUGCAUAGCAAAUGUGCCCCUAACUCUGUUUUGGCAAAUAUCUAUACAGGCUAGGUUUAUAUACCAUUUCACAAAAGGGUUCAGACUGCACAUUGCAAAACAGGAACUACAUUCUUAGAAAAAAAUCUAGAACCUAAAUGGGUUCUUCGGCUGUCCCAAUAGGAGAACCCUUUGAAUAACCCUUUUUGGUUCCAGAAAGAACCCUU